CUACCGGCGCAUUUCCAACCAUGAAAAAUAAGAAAAAUAAACCCCUCAAAUUAAAGCAAACUGCUCCGCCCGUGAUGACUCAUAUUCUCAAGCAUCCAGCUCCUGCAAUUCAGCCAGCUUCAAAAAAAGCCAACAGUACUAAAGAUGAUGCUGAAAAUAAUGCAUCAAACCCCCCAAAAGGAAAACACGCCUUAUUACCCACCACAAAAGAGGUACCCAAAGACCAUUCUGCAGAACCAACUGACAAGCAGCCAUCAAAUAAAAAACACAAAAAAGUUCCGACUUCAAAGGUCACCAAAUCUGCUGAGGUCAAGAGUCAUGAUUCCUCUUCAGGGUCAGGGGGAAGGCACCCAGUCCAUUGACGGACACACUACAGUUGUGAAUGCGACAACCCUAAUUUUCACUGCUGACGAAGAGCGUGCAAGUAGAGCAGGAUCAGCUUCCUCAAAUCAAACUUUACCCCCAUUGACAAAGUCGGCCCCAGAGUUAAGACAACCAUCUGAUACUAAACACGUGGCCCCACUAGACACCAAAUCGGAAGAAAACAUUCCACUUUCGAGAAGUAAGGAGCUGCCAAGCCCAGACGCUCCUGCAACAAUAGACAAAAAAGUUCCAAAAAAUUUACCAAAGACAAAUCCGCCGCACACGAAAUCAAAUAAGUUGUCCAAAGUUGCACCACAAUCCAAGAAGGAGGCAUCGUUUCCAUCUGCUACAGUUCUUCCUGCUCCUACAAAACCAGUAGUAAAAGAGGAACCGAAUGUAAAAUUGACCAACAAAAACAAUGAUUAUUACGAAGAAGAAGCACCCACUACAGACGUUAGCAAAUCAGCUUAUCGACCCACUGAUGACAAGCGUCCUCCAAUCAAUCAAGAAACUGUGAAGGACAACAAUUUUUGGGGCUUUACGUCUACACGACAUAUCGCACAAAAGCCAGAGAUUCGAGUGCCGCGCGUCUACUCUUUGGACCUCGCGAGCAAUCCGAAAGCCAAGGAGACUCUCAUUGAAGAAAGUGAAGAUGUCGUGACGACUGUGGUACCAGAAGCGUCGUUGCACUCGCACACAAUUCCUGACCCGUACAACACUGUCCCAUUGCCGGACGCUAUGUCGAAGGACGUGGUAAAAAACAUGAUAGAUGAGAAAGAAAAGGGGGAUGAAGGGGAGGAGUCUUUGGUGAAGAUGCCAAUCAAAGCUACGCCAUACACUAAGGAACCACCUCAUGGACUGAGGACCUUAUUUCCUCCCAAUCUGGCGAAAGCAGUUGCAAAGAAUCAGUCUCAAGUUCAGCAACUGAAAGUUGACUCUGUGGUAAAUAAGGCUGCCCGUGUUGAGUAUGAGAUUUAUCAGGAUGACUACCGCAACCCAAAGUACCGAUUCUUUAAGAAAUACAAAGAGAAAGUUACUGCAGAAGAUGUGAAGGAAAAGGAAAAUUGGGUUCCGUGGGCCAAUUGUUUCGACAAUAAAAAGCAGGAAAAGAAAUUCCACAUAGACAAGAAACUGGGAGCGUUGGAAGAGGUGCAAGAGUUCAGAAAGGCCAAGAAACAGGAACAGAUUGACCAAUACGGAAAGGGUCCCAUUUUUAAUAGGAUCGUGUCAUGUCUUUGUGGUGAAGAUAACGAAGCUGGGUAUCAAGUGCCAGGUUACAAACCUCCAGAAUUGGAGGAGGACGAAGAUGACCUUCAGCAUUUCAUGGAGGCGCCACAUUAUAAAGAAAAGCGCAGAAGUUACUGACUGACAUGUAUUUUUAUAUUCUUAUGUUGCCCGUUAUUGAUUAAGUUACAAACAAAAUUAUCAGUUGUAAUAUCAAACGAACAAUAAACAAUCUCAGUCAAAUUCUG